AUGGCAGUUAAUAAUAGUGUACAAUCAGGCGAUUUUGACAUGGUAGAUUUGUCAGAAGAAGAUAAAGUUGCAGCACAGAAAUAUCUUAGUGAAAAUGGAAUACGUGGUAUUGAAGGUUUUCUUGCUGAACGAUUGGAUGCAUGGCGAAAAUGUCCAUUGAAUAUUGCAAUUACUGGCGAUUCAGGAUCAGGCAAAUCAACUCUCAUCAAUACACUACGCAAUCUUCGAGCAGAGGAUGAAGGUGCAGCUAGAGUCGGAGUAGUUGAAACAACACGAAUUGUUCAAUCAUAUUCUCAUCCAAGUUAUCCUAAUCUUGUCUUCUAUGAUUUACCAGGUGUUGGUACAUUAGAAUUUAAAAAAUUAAACUAUUUGGCUCAAGUAAAUCUAACUCGAUAUGAUUUCUUUUUAAUUAUUUCACGUACACGUUUUACUGAAAAUGAUUUAUGGCUUGCAACUGAAAUAAAAAAAAUUGGUAAAAAAUUUUUUUUUAUACGAACAAAUAUUGAUCAAGAUUUAUAUAAUGAAAAAAUUGAUCAUCCAAAACAUUAUAAUGAAACAUUAAUACUUGAUAGAAUACGUGAAAAUUGUCUUGCACAUAUUCGAAUAGUUGAUGAUACUGCAAAUGUUUUUUUAAUUAGUGGUCGAAUUACUUAUACAUCUCGAUUUGAUUUUCCUAAUAUGUGUACAGCUCUUCUACGAGAUUAUCCAGGUUUAAAACGUCACGCAAUGAUUUUAGCUAUGUCAACUAAUUGUAAAGAAGUUAUUACAGCUAAAGUUGAUAUACUUCGUAGUCAAACAUGGGUAGCAGCAGCUGUUAGUGCUGCUGUUGCAACUCCACCAAUACCUGGUUUAAGUGUUAUGUUUGAUUUUUCAUUAACUGUUGGUAUGGUUAUAUUUUAUAAAAAACAAUUAGGCUUAGAUGAUGAAUCUUUAACACGUAUUGCUCAAAUUCAUCAUAUACCAUUAUAUGUUUUACAAGAUGAAUUACAAAAAAUUUUACCAGCACAUUUUUUUACAGCUGUACCAGAUUUUGUUAUAUCAUUAGUUAAAAAACAAGCAGUUGGUACUGCAACUGAAGAAGUUCUUCGAUAUGUACCUUAUGUUGGUUCAAUUAUUUGUGCGACUGUUUCAUUUUCAAUAAUCUUAUCUGUAUUAAGAAAUUUAUUAAAUGUUAUGGAAAAAGCAGCAUUGACAUUAAUUGAUAUUGUUGCUGAAAGAAGUGUUAGUGAUGAUGAAGAUGAUGAUGAACCUAUAUAA